UCAAGAGGGCACACACGACACAAACAGUUAUUUCUUUAGUGUGCGUGGAGCUGCAGUGUGAGCGCGAAUGGAGCGUGAGGGAGGGAGGGCGCGCAGAGCGAGAGAACAUCACUACAGCGCAGCAGAGCCACAGUCACACCGGACUGUCUGAGCGGAGUGGAGGGACGCACUAUCCAUUGCGCUCCGGAGGGUGAUGAAGACGAACUGUCUGCCACACGUCAAACCCAGGCACACUGAGACAAACACGGGCAAGGAUAUAUGUGUGAGUGAAGUGCGCCUCAGAUUAGAAGAUUUGCCGGACUCUAAAUCUAAGAUUCAAUCAUAUUUAUUUUAUUUUUUGCGCAAGUCAUGGCAUUUAUUUGGAAACUAAAGAAACAAUGCACUCUGUUGGAGACAGGAGAGGCUGAUUAAAGAUGAGACACCGAGCGGGUGACCGACAGCGUUCAGCUAUUCUGUGGUUUUCUCAGGUGAGACAAAGUCCAUUAAGCUGCACGAGUCACCCACGGAGCGACGAGCGUCUCUCGGUCACCUUCUGAAAAUGAUGUCUUGUGGCGAUGUGAGCGGCGCGCCAGCGUGCGUGUGACUGACUGACCGUUAGUCUUUCUGAGAGAGGAAGAGAGGCUGGAUAUAAACAGCAGCCAGGAUUUUGGGCAGCGACAGUCAGACACCCAGAGCAGCCAUCCCUCCUCUCUCCCAGCUCCUCAGACCCAUGCAGGAUGCCCGGAGAGCGCCCGGGAGUCCUGGUCCAGCUCAGCCCGAGUUCAUGACGCUCUGGGCGGCCUCGUCAUGCGUCUCCUGCCCGAGCCCAGUGCCCAGUCCCUCCGGCUCCUCUUCCUCUUUAUCUUCGUGAUGGGGGUGGCCCCUUCGCCGGCUCUCACGGCCGGCUGCCCCGACAGAUGCGUGUGCGACGACCAGCUGGUGGUCCAGUGCGCCGGGCAGGAUCUCACCCUGUUCCCCAAUGACCUGCCCCUGGCCACCCGGCAGCUCAUCAUUUCUAACAACCGCAUCGGGGACCUACCUGCGCUGCAGCUCAACUACCUGUCCGACCUGGUCUAUCUGGAUUGUAGUAACAACUCUCUGACAGAAAUAUUUGAGUCCACAUUCGGGAACUUGCGGAAACUCGCGUAUCUGGACCUGUCCUUCAACACCCUGCUGCAGAUCGAGGACCGGACUUUCGGGCCCCUGGCGUCCCUGGUGAUGCUCCGGUUGACGGAUAACCCGAGUCUGGGGGAGAUCCACCCGGAUGCCUUCGCGGAGAACAUUGCUUUGCAGGUGCUGGAUGUGAGCCGGAACAACCUGACGAGCCUCAACAUCAGCACCCUGAUCGCCCUGCCAGCUCUCAGGUCUCUGGGGCUCAGCGGCAACCCCUGGAGCUGCGACUGUGACACGGAGGACCUCUGCCUUUGGGUGCAAAUAGAGGGAUUCAAGUUCCAAGACGAGGGUCAGACGGUUUGCAACAGCCCCGCGGAGCUGGCGGGCCAGCGGCUGGCGGAGGUCGGCAUGCAGCUGCGGGCAGACUGCCACCAAGGCCUGGGCUACUGGGACUACCUCUUCUUCAUCGCCAUCGGCUUCGUCAUCUUCUCGGCCGGCACGGUCUCGGCCUGGGUGAUGGGCGUGCUCAUGGUGCUGUACGAGCGCUACACCAAGCGGAAGAGCGAGGAGCAGGACAGCGACGAUGAGGACGAUAGGGGAGGGAUGAGCGGAGGCGGAUGUGGAGGUGGAGGUGGAGGUGGAGGCAACCAGGGGAACGGGGAUCUGAGCAAGCCGGGCAUGCAGGUGUGACAGGCCGAGGUGAAACGACACGAGGCUGAACAACACGGGAGAAAAGAAACGAGGAACCAGAUGUGACGAGAGGAGUGUGAGACCAAAGGCUCUCUUAUGAACUAAGAUCUGCCCGUCUCCCUUUGUUACAGAUUUUAGAUAUUGCAAUAUGCUCCUUAACAUAUUGGAAAGUGAGUGAGUGUGCGAGUGAGUGUCUGCAAGAGAGAGACAGGCAGAGACAGCAAUAUGGAAGAAUAUGCCUUCACUUCAGGAGAACAGAAUGACCUCUGAGAUUAUUGAGAGCAAUAACCCCACAAACACACUCAUUCACUGUACCACUCUGCACAGAUAGUCUACGGAGCCACUGGUAUCGCUGAGUGUACCUGCAUACGAUGUUAAGUCCUCUGUAAGAGAUGGCUAUCACAACAAGUGAUGUGUGAGGGACACAUUCAAACGCAUGCAGUACAUCCACACAAAAACACAGAGGAAGGUAACGGGGGGGGGGGGGGUCACAAAGAGGGUGAUGCCUUAUCUCUGGUACAGUGGAAAGGGGAAACAAGUAUGUUUCAGUAUUUAAAUGUGAUUUUCCUUUAUGCCUUAAGGCAACUCACUUGAAGCAGUCCUCGUUGUCUUUUACAGGCAGAAUCUGUAGACAGACGGCGAAAACACACCCCGGGUAAAGGCAGUGAUAAAAUGACGUGAAUGUCCAAACAAAGGAGGAGGAGUCGCAUGACUGUGGAGCGAUGGGGAGCAAACCCACAGGGAAAGUCCGAGCAGAAGAUUCCAACAUAGUUUGAAAGAUCAGCAAAUGUUUCACUAUAGCGCGUUGACCUCAAGGAUACAAACGAAUGAAUUUAUGCAAUAAGUUCUGAAUGUAAACAUAGCUGUCCUCGUCGACAAGAAAACUCCACAGGGUACCUUUAAAAAAGAACUUAACACCACCUGAAAAAUCUUGUUUGUGCUGGUGCGUGUAAGCUUCAUAAAUGUGACGUGACAACGAGACAUCGCCGUUGUGUCACCGUUUCAGACUUGUGACCACACGUGAGGACAACCAUUAGUGUUUCAGUUUCCAGUAGCGCACGUGUGGAAUGUGGACAUUUAUUAGCCAGGCUACCUGAUAUUGACACAAAAAAUGUGUCAGAACGAUGGCGGGCAACGGUCACUGAAGAACGAUCAACCAUGAAGACUGGCUGCCUCACAUUGUGCCCCUGUCUGGGCCAAAAAGUUGCGCUUGAACACACGGCAAAGACUUCAACCGCAACAUGUACAUUCUUUGUAAGAGGAAAUAACUCUCCGUACCAGCAGGUGUCAGUAGUCUGUGUUCAUCAUUCAAAACAAAUUCAUGGAAGAAUAUCUAAUAUGUCCUGUAUAUCUGCAGAUAUACAGGACAAAGCAAAUCCUAAAGCAUGAAUUCUGCUGAUUUCAUUCCAGACUAGUUUUGUCACGAGUUUCAAUUCUCGUCCUCUGAACAGACCAUCAUAGGUAACUCUCUCACAGAAAGGCUCCGUCUCAAAUUGACUAGUGAGUCCACUAGUGUGAAAACUAGGGCCACAGGUGCUCACCGACAGCCCAAGAUGGCCAACAGUCCACCAUCAGCUUAUUGUGUCAUGGCCCUUAGGACUGGAGAUGAGUAUCAGACUCAAGAAUUGAUCAUUUUACAUCAGCCCGAAGAGACGCUUCAUGGUGAAUUGUCCUAAUGAAGUGUCAUAAUGACAUUCAUUAUUUACAUUGUUUGGACAGUUGGUCUCUGGCUUCUCCUUCUGGAUGACAUCCCACAGAUUACGAAACACAGUUUGCCACUAUUGGUUGUGACAACCCUGUCUGACAUCUGUCUCGUGGAGUCACUGCAAUUGUUUCUGACUAGUUAAUCGCCUAAUCUGAUACAGUGCCUGUGUUAUGAGGCCUAUUGUGGAGUCUGUAUCUUGCAUUAGUCAGUUGAGAUAAGCAGUCUGUGGAGCAAACUCUGUAGAAGAAGAGGAUGCAACAACAUGGCCCAAUUAGAAAAGCGCAACUUGUUAAGGAUGUGACACACCGAGUUGUUGUUGGCUGUUUGUCAGUGUUGGGCUGUCGGUCUGUCUCCGUCCUUGCCUCCAGUUGUUGGAUCCCUAUCGUCAGUUUUUCGGCUCUCUGAUUGGCUGUUCAGCUCAGCUCAAAGGGAUGGAAUUAGACAAAAAAGCAAACAUAUUCAUCCAAUCUUAACACUGAAACACAAACAAUUUGACAACAAUAUGAUCUUCAAGAGUGAAUAAACUCUAGAUCUGACUGAUCAUCAUGAUUCAGGAGAGGCCGGCGCUGUAAGACAGUUUGUAGUUCUUCCUAGAUUCCUAGUCUCCUAGCUAACAGUAGCUGUUUGAAUCAGGGAUACAGACCACCACUAAAAUGUGAUUUCCGUGUGUUAGAAACUGGCUGCUGUGUUUGCGAUGUGUUCAGGAGCAACUUUUCAAGUCUUCAUCGCCACUAGUUCUGUAACAUCUGCUUGGUGUGUCCGUACCUUUAAACGAACGAAAACAUUACGGGCAAUGUGAUGGAAACAUACCAUUUGUUUUUAUUUUGUGAAUUUACUGUCUCAUCGAUCCGCACAAAUCCGAUGUUUUCGUUUGCUGUCAUUCUUCAUGCCCGCGCUGGAGCGGAAGCUUCACUGGACGGGCAACUUACAUAGUUUGUGUGGGUCCUUUAAAUGUGUUUCCAUGCCAUUCCAGAUUUUCCAUUUCAGCCAAGAAGCCUCACAGAAAAACAACGGGAUGAUGAAACCUGAUGAUAUCUGCUUUGUCUGCUUUUCAGCCUGGUGUUAAGUCACUCUUAAAGGGCAUUCCACUGUUAAAAACAGGCAGAAGAAGUCUACCUAUAGUGACACUAAGUGACUCCAUCAUAUCUUGUGUGUACUUCACGUUUCCGCGUGCAUAUGAUUUACUUCUCUGUGAGCAGUAGCUGCUCUGUGUGGUCUUCACGCUGCUGUAGUUGUAGUUGGAGUAGUAGAAGUGGGGCAGGUUCGUGGUGGCUGCACACGAAGGCAACGUCAGGGCGAUGGAAUCAUGCGCAUAUUUAAUGAUGACUCUACGUUACUUGGUUGACCCCAUGUUGCGAUGCACAUACAGGCCGCAGCAUGUAACCCAGUGUGCCAGUGUGAAAGUGGGCCUCUGGAGUAGUCGUAGCAGCGCGUGUGUUCAUGUAUGAGUGGCAGUGUGUGUCUAAGUGGGGCAGAUCACUGAGCAUCUACGUUAGCGGCGCGGCUGAGUGAUUCAUGAGCACAGACCGAUCCAAGCCCUUCCUCCUACAUCCUGCUCAUCUUCCGCCGUGUCUGUCACAGGAAGGAAGGGAAGUUAGAGAUGAUUAACAACAAACCCGGGACGGACGGUGGAGAAAGAUUGGGGUCACCAUUAGAAGCUGGAACUCUUCCUGACAGCUGUACUUAGCUGCUUUAUAGACAGACUGACUGAUAGUCGGGUUUUUCUUCGUGAUCUGAGCUGAGCGGAUCCGAAUGCACCGAAUGAAUGGGUUAAAUGAUAACUCUCCAGAGGACUUGGCAACGUGUGUGUGUGUGUGUGUGUGUGUGUGUGUGUGUGUGUGUGUGUGUGUAACCCUGUGUGUUUGUGCAUGUGUGCAUGUUUGUUGUUUUUCGUGUGGCUAGCUUUAUGAUCGCGACAUUAAACGUUAAUACAGAUGCAGCAGACAACCAUUUUUUAAUUUGAAACGUGAGGUUAUUCCGUCACGCUGGAGGCUGCAUGGGGACAUCUUCACCGGCACGCACAUCGUCACUCAAACGCAGGAACAGGUUCACGCACGCACGCACACACACACAAACACACACACACACACACACACACACACACACACACACACACACAGACAGACUCGCCCACAUGCGCAAUAAAUCUCAAGGGCACAGCUAAAGUCAGAGCCGCGGGCCCGAGGACAUUAACACUCCUGUUUUGGUUUCUCUUCCAUGCAUCACUACAUCCUCUUAUCCUCCCCUCACUCCACAAUCUGACGCUGUCAUCAGCUUUCACACAAUGCACAAACACCACACACACACACACACACCUGGACCUAUAAUUUAUCUGCUAAAUCUUUAGGCUGUCAUUAUGGGAUCAUUUAUUCAAAGGGGAGCUUAGAGGGAAGAGCGGCGGCUUUAAAGGACCUGCAGAUGGCUGCCGUUUGUCCUUCUUAUGUUACAUCACAUUCAUAAAAAGACAUUUGACCUACAGUGAGUGUGACCUCACAGCUACAUACCUGAACGUGUACUUAAACACAACACUUCCCCUUUUCGGGGUGCGCAGCUAUAUCGCUGGGCUUAGUGUCAUUUUUUUUUGUGCCGCUGACAAAUUUAGAGCCAUUCAGCAGACAGAAAAUGUGAGUCCUUUAUCAGCAGUAGGUCAGAGGGCAUGGGAGUCAGUAAGUGUGCCAAAAGGAUGAAGGGUGUGUGUGUGUGUGUGUGUGUGUUCGUGUGGCGCUCUGCUGUCACGGGACAGAGUAUAAAUAUCACUGAUCUAAGAAGAAGAGGGCCUGUGUUGGUGCACACAUGUAGGCAGCUCGAUCUGGAGGCGUCACUGCAGCUCUUGUGUUCACACUGGAAGAAAAGCGUACGGUUUCGAGGAU